UCUCUCUCUCUCUCUCUCCCCCCCCCACCUCUCUCUGCCUUUUGCUGUAGUUGGAAGCUUUCGUUUUGGUUUUUCUCUCUCUAGUUUCCUCUCUGUAAACUGAGGUUUGGUAGAGGAGUGGAGAGAUUGAUCCGUGAAUUUAUGAUUUUUGAACUAGUUUUUUGAGGUGGGUUUUAGUUGAAUUUUGUGUUUCUAUUCGUUUUUUGAGAGGCAGGAGAGGUAAAAUGGAGAGAGAUUUUAUGGGUCUGAACUCAAAGGAGUCAUUGCCUGUGGUUAAGGAAGAGGUUAAUUCUGAUGGGUACAAAGAGAUAGGUAUUUGUUUUGUUCUCUUGUGAUAGGAUUUAGCAAGGGUUCAGGGAUACACUGGCCCUUCUCCAACAAGGUCUCUGCUCUUCCUCAUUUGAACUCUUUCAUGGUUUCUCAAGAAGAUAAGACCAAAAGGUUUUUAACUGAUUCCUCAGUGUCCUCUGGAUUCUUGUCCAUUUCAACUGCAGAUUCAUUUGAUCCUAACCAAAAACAGUUUAUGGCUGAAAUCCAGAAAUCAUUCAAUCACGAUAGGCAAAGUGGGACUCAUUUUACAUUGACUGCUUACCCUGUGCAACAUGAUGUGCAUUCUGUGCAUCAUCCUCAUGACAUGAAGAUGUUUCCAGUCUCCAACCAUGCAAGUUCAAUUUCCUUGAGCAAUCCUUUCUUCAAGAAUUAUUAUGCCACCUCUGGUCAGAGUACUGCUGGAGCUACUGCAAAGCCACAAUUACUUGGAGGAAUUCCUGUUACCACUCCACAAACAAUUCUUCCUACUUUUGGCUCUGUUACUGGGAUGAUGGAAUCAUGUGCGAAAACAUCUGGUUCUCCUGCUCAACUGACCAUCUUUUACGCUGGCACAGUGAAUGUGUAUAAUGAUAUAUCUCCUGAGAAGGCCCAGGCUAUCAUGUUCUUGGCUGGAAAGGAUUCUUCUAUCUCCUCUAACAUGACACAGCCAAACAUGACACAGCCAAACAAUCACAUCCAGGAACCAAGCUCAAAGCCAAUAGCUACUGAUGUUAGUCCUGUGAACCACAAUGGAACUACACCACCUGGCUCCCGUCUUUCGAGUCCUUUAUCUGUUUCUUCACAAACUGGUUCUCAGUCAGGGAGUGGGUCUGCUAGCACUGAAGAAAUCAUGGCAACUAAAACCGCUGGAGUUGCAACAACUCCUGUUAGUAAACUGGACACUCCAAAACUGGCAAGUGCAAUAGCAUCUGUUGCUGCAACAACCUUGAUGCCAUCUGCAGUGCCCCAGGCUAGACAGGCAUCCUUGGCUCGGUUUUUGGAGAAGCGCAAGGAGAGGGUCAUGAGUGCAGCACCAUACAACCUUGGCAAGAAAUCUUCCGAAUCUGCCAUCCACAAUCCAAUGGAAUGAAUAACUCUGCAGCGGUACCUGUUCUCUCUCUGCUAGGAGGGAGAGUAACAAAAACAAAUGAAGCCAACUUAGAAGGGAUUCAUUGCAAUUGAUGUAGUAAAUUAAAGAUGUAAGCACUCUUUUUUGUUCAUAAACUAGAAUAAUUGUAAUCCUUUUUUAAUGUCAAAACUUUACGCAUAUAUCUCUAUAUAUAUAGAUAGAGAGAGAGAGAGCUGAUGUAGGAGUUCCUUUUUUUUGGGUUCCCCAUUCUGUUGAUGCAUUUGGAGCCUUUGCUUCCAAGAUGACAUUAAGUACAUUUUGUAGAUAUAUUCAACUCUCCGUUGCAUUGUGGAAAUAAAAACCAGAUUUAGAUAAUA